AAAACAAGAACAAAUUAAAAAUGAAAUCAGUCAACCAAAUGAUAGCUAGAGACAUUGCUAGCGAGUUCUUGUGUAGGCUGCCUCUCUACACUAGCCUUGUUACUCGACCAACGCGCGCCUCUCCAUGGUCCCGCUGACUACAAUUUCCUUAUGGUGAAAAAUACUAGAUUUCUACGAGGACGAGUGCUGUUCUGUAAAUACGGUGAAAUUUUAUAGCUUUGCACGAGUCCGGUGUUGUGGCUGUCUUUUCUUCGCAAUAAAAAUGGAAAACACGAAAAGAAUAUUGCCAAAAGGUUGGGCAGACUCUGUCUCAUUGGUGGCGGAUAAAAUCUUGGAUUCCAAAGAAAAAAAUGGAGAGGCGGUGUACCUUGUUCAAUGGAAGUCAUCCUGGGAAACUGCUAAAACUUUAUUACCUUUUGAGGAGCUUAUUAAACAAUACUGGGAAGAAAAAAGAAAGGAUUGUGCUAUUUAUAAAGUGCACUUGAAUAAGUAUGCUAAACGCUACUAUGGUGGAAUGUCAUCGCAGCCAACCAUAAAAGUGCAAAAUGGCAAACUACACAAAGACCUGAUUUUCAGUAAAAAUCCUGUUACUGGUGAAAGUGAGUAUAUUGAAAAAGUGAUGACUUUACAAGGAAAGGAGGAAGUAACCAUUACUAAAGGAUUGCCACCUGAACCUAAUAUAAAAAAGAAAAGGGCUGAUAAUAUUGUGUGGGUGAAGCCAGGCGUGGUAAUAAGAAGUAUAGAUUAUCAAGAAACUUUUCCUAAAAGUGUAUUAACCAGAGAAAAGUGGGUUCAAACACCAUAUUCUUUUUUUCCUAAGAAAAUGCGAAACAUGAGCAUUCUGCUACGACAGGAUCCUCCCCAUUCUAAUAUUAGUGGCGUAGUACAGCUGAACAAUAAAAUAAGUAGAGGUAUAGUGACGGAAAUGUCCGUGCCUUCAAACACAAAUGAACAUUGCGGUGACAAAACUAUGACAAACACUUCGCCAGCCAAUUUCAUCAAAGUACCGAAAGAUCAACAACUGGUAUUUAUAAAGGCUGAGAAUCAAAACUCAGUAACAGCAGUAAGAACCGAGACACCAAUGUUAUGCAGUCUCCCUUCAGUAAGAUUGUUACCAAACAUCCUUCCAAAGCUUGGCGAGAUGUCUACACCAACUACAGAAAGUACAAAACCAACUUCUAAUGUAAUACCUGUGUUUGAGCCAAAAAGUUAUACAAUUAAUCCACCCGCUAACUUUGUGGCACCACGUUACGCCGUUCCUGUGCACCAGUUAUCAGUAUCAGUUCAAAAUAAUAUAUCAUGUCAAACGUCUUCUUCACCUAAAAUAGAAGAAAAAAACUCAAUGCAAGCAGUUAACCAGCCAAAUUCCAAUUCACUUCGUGAAGUACAAAUAACAAAAAGCGUUGGUACGAAAGCUUUUUCUUCUGCAAACGCUGCACAAAGUGAUGCUAGUCUGAUUCCACCGGUUGUGCAAGUCAUUCAUUUUGAGCCGUCUAAAGAUACCAAAGUAAGAAAAAUUAAUAGCAAAGAAGCUUCCAGAGCUUCCCAAUUGGAAUUGCACAGGAGAAUAUUGGAUAUUAUUCCUGAUCCAGAGGAUAUUAAAGUAAGUACAUGUAACAACAAAAAUGCUGAUGUUACUUCGGGACAAAAAACAAUGACAUCUUCUGAAGAAGAAAACAUAAGUACAAAAAUUCCAAAAAGCUCUGAUAGUUCCCGAAAUGUCACUCCUUUUAUUGCUGAAAGCAUCCCGUGCUUGAAUAAGGAGACAUCUAUCGUAACCACUUCCUUGGUGCAGCCUCAGUUGGGUUCAACAGAAGUAAAGCAGGACAUUGUACGUAGCAUGCCAAGAACAGAUAAUGACAAAAGUCAUACAAUUAUACCUAGCUCUGAUGACACAGGCAAAUUUAUGAAUGCUUUAGCUGUGCCUUUUGUCGCUACAAAAAAAGAUGAAUCCAACUUAACUAUGGGUGUACUUGGUGAAAUAGACAAGAAAACAGUGGAAGAAGAAGGUACAAUUGCUUUAAAUAAACAAAGCCCUGAAAUUAUUUCAACUUUUAAUAGUAAAGAAAUUGCCCCUGGUCAGAACGAACUAGAUAUCGAAGUAGCAACCUCAGCAGAUAAUUUACCUUCGGAAUUGGCUUCGUCAACCAUUACACCUUUAGAUUCUAAAGCAUCCACUGAAUCUACAGCAACAGACUUCUCAGAAAUCGAAGAAUCCGGUAUAGGUAAUGAUGAUAUUGAUUUUGAAAUGGAUAGUAUUGUUAAUCUCGAAGACGACGUUGACGAGACAGAGUUAGUGAAAGCCAUGCCUCCGAUGAGAAAUACUAAUAAACGAGCCUUGGAUGGAACGCAGAGUAUUAAUUUGAAAGAAAUACCAGAUAUCAUCGAAUUUGAGUAUGAGCCGUGGAAAGUUGCUAAUGAAGUAGAUGACAGUUUAACGUGUUUCACUACGAUUGAAAGUAAUUCACGAAUGCUGUUUAAAUGUGGCAAAUGUACUCGAACAUUUAAGCAAGAAAAAGGUGUAAUUUUCCACAUUCGUUAUAUUCAUUACGGUUGGUAUCCAUAUCGUUGUCCGCUUUGCAAGCAGGGUUAUCUUGAUCGACGAGAGAUUUAUAAACACAUGGACGCACAUCUUGGUAUCAAGCAGUAUCCUUGCAGUACCUGUGGUACAAUGUUUCUUAACACUGAAGAACUCAGGAAGCAUUACAAGGAGCAUUACUACGAGCGUAGAUUUCAAUGUGAUGUGUGUGGGGAGCGGUUUGGACGAAAAAGUGCUUUAGCGGGUCACCAGCUCAUUCAUGAUCUCAAAAAGCAAUUCGCUUGCGAAUAUUGUGCAAGGACUUUCACAUUUCUACAAGACUAUAAAACUCACGAGAGAAUACAUACAGGAGAGAAGCCAUACAAGUGUUCACAGUGCGAUAAAGCGUACAGGAGGAAAGAACAUCUUACGCAUCAUAUGUUUGUUCACACUGGCAAGUCCUUAUAUCAAUGUAAGAUCUGUGAAGAUUAUUUCCAAGUUAGAAAGCAGUUGAAUCAGCACUUAAAAUUCAAACACGAUGAUGUGGAAUUGUUAAAAAGUGUGUAUGACCACUUCUGUUCUCUUUGUUUUUCUGUUUUUGACAACAAACAAUACCUAGAUCGACACGAAAGAAAGAAACAUCUCGUCGAACUGAAGAAACGCGUCUACUGUCGUGUUUGUAAACUACCCUGCCAAACAUGGGCUGACAAAAGACGACACGAGUUCAAGUACCACAGUGAUGAAAAUAAAAAAGACCUUCCGAAAUCGAUCGAUGAAAUCGAUGUCGCAGGCAUGAAAUCUACGACAACCUCUGGCAACACAUCCCCUCGCAACACAUCCCCUGGCAUCAAAGAACUACCCGCAAUCAACAAAGAGAAUGACAAAUCUCAGCAUCAAUGUGUGCUGUGUGAUCGGCAUGCAACGAACUUAGUGAGCCUUGCCAAACAUUAUGAAACACAUUCUAAGACGGACGGAGAGAAGAACGAAGAAGAGAAGGAAGAAGAAAACAUCGAAAUCGUCGACAAUGCAAGCCAGCUAAAAUAUAAAUGCAGUUAUUGCAAUUUCGGAUUUAAAGAAUGUUCAGAAUUAUUUCAACAUGAAAAGAGUCAUAAAACUUACCCGCAAGGAAUUACCGACUGCUUCGACUGUUCCGUCAACUUUAAAUUCCCAGCAGGUUUGGUAAAACAUCUGGAAAGUGGACAUACAUCUUUCAAAUGGUCCAUCACAAACAUUAAUGAGCAAAAAGUAGAAAACGUAGAGAAAACUGCAUGCAAUAUAUGUGGAAAGAAAUGCACGGAAAGCUAUAUGGAAUGGCACAUGGCUUCUCAGCAUGGCCGGACUGAUAAUUUCUACAAAUGUUCCACAUGUGGCAUUUUGCUGCAGACGAAACGUGAGCUAGAAAGACACGGCCAUUUUAAGUGUCCGUACUGCUCAGAUCAAGUUAAAUCGCAUGCAAAACUUUUAAAACAUUUGAAAGAUUACCACACCUGUACGCACUGUGACGUAAACUAUGCAAGAACAGAGGAUUUGAAAGUUCAUCUACAUAUUAAACAUUUUAAUCGUAGUCCUAAAUGGAUAUAUACCUGUUUGCAGUGUCCCGAAACAUUUGUUUUUGUUAAUAAAGAUGAUCUUAAAUCUCAUUUCCGCAUCAAACACGAUAUUUCAGCCAAUCAAAUCGAGCGAAAGUCUUUCAAAAUGGUGUCCGCGGAAACUAAGCUGUAUGAAACAAUCGAGGAAGUUUUAAAUAAGACGGUUAAAUUUGACGACGACGUGUUAAAAAAGCCGGCGUUGCUGGAGUCGCAAAAUAAUACGCAAAAAGCGCAGGAUGACGGUGACGUUACUCUGGAGGGGAAGAAGACGACAAAGAAGAAGAAACACGACAAAAAGGAACAGGACAAAAAAGAACAAGAAAAGAAGAAACAAGUCUGUGCCACCUGUGAACUUGUGUUUGCUGACACGAAAGAAUUAGAGGAACACGUUCUUACUCACUCGAAAACCAAAGAGGUGGCGAUAACGAAAAUGUCUAUGUGCAAGAAAAGAAAAAAUCUGAAAACGACUGAAGAAAGUGAAAUGGCGGGUAGAAAGAAGAAGGCGAGUCCAGCUGAAACCGUCGAACCGAGAAAUAAAUUCAAGUGUAAGAUUUGUAACACGUUCUUUCCAACACUUGAACACGUGCGAAAACACGUGCCAAUACAUUUUAAAACCAAGACGGAAAAUGAUGAAUCCGUUUAAUUGAUAGAUUUUAUUAAAAUAUAUCAGUUUUAAUGUUUAUAUUAUUUAAAAGUUAUCUCCAGAAAGUCCUAAAGGAUUAUUUAAAAAUUAUCUCCAGAAAGUCCUAAAGGAUUAUUUAAAAAUUAUCUCCGAAAAGUCCUGCUUGCUUUCUGUGCAAUAUUAUACAGUUUUCUCUAUCACAACUUUUUUUCUGUUUUUUUUUUCUGGUAACUUGUGAAAGGAAUGGUUUCUCAUUUGACUCGAUAAAAUUGCGCCAAUCGUUCUUUCUUAGUUUUUCGUAGGGAUAUUGUAUAUAUAAUUUUUGUUUAUUUUGAAUAAGAGGCUGCAAGCAGGUUUAUUCAGCAGACUUUCUUUCCACUCAAAUGGAUAGGAUUGACGUAAUAUUCUGUUUCACUAUCGAAGUCCAUGAUAACCAAUAAAAAACCAGUUUAUGCCUUGCUCAAUCAUGUCAAAAAUACGACAUUAGUUACUGUAUUGAUUUAAAAACGAGUUUGUUUAUUCCUGGAAAUGGUUGUAAAUAAUCAAUUUGUUGAGAAAUCUUUAAAAUUGUGAUGUUAAUAUUUUUGUAGAGUCAGCCUAACUUUUGUAUGGUCAAAGCAAGCCAAAAAUUAUUACAAAA